AUUACACUGUUACCCUAUACUAUUAAUAACAUAAAAUAAGAACCCUAACAGGUCCCAUCACUUUUUUGCCAUGUAAGCAAGCCAGAGGCGGCUAUUGAAAGACUCUUUACAUCACUAGGUUUUACGAUGUUAAUGGUUUUAUGAUAUCGUGGACUUCAUUUUGACAUUCUCUUUCCUAUGUAUCUUAAAAAUGAAGGGUGUUACCUUAAAAUCAUAAUAACCUCACAAAUAUUUAGAGCAUUUUGCAAGUUUCAUUCAUUCAGUAAUCAUUAAGUGUCUUGAGAGCGACACCUAACUGUGAAGUAGAAAGUUUUGUUAGCAACUUGAUCUGAUGUCUAAAUUACGCAUGGUCUGGUGGUGUUAGCAACUUGAUCUGGUGUUGUGGUGACGGCCUUGACCAUCCCAGGUCAGUAGGUAUGGCUUAAACUGAACAUUCGGUAUGGCUUAAACUGAACAUUCUGUAGCAAAUGGGAACCUCAAGGUAACGUUGUGGGGCGACCACCCUUUUUUAUCAGCAAAAACAAUAAUAAUAAUAAUAAAAUUACACAUCUGAUCUGAGAAUCUGACAUUCUAUAUUUAUCUUGUGUGGGGCUGUUAACAUGCAUUCCUUCUAUAAUGUCACUUUUCUGCCAUCUCAACAUUUUUUUACGAGUUCAUAGUAUUAUAUUUUCAGAUAGCUUCAACAUACUAAUAUUUUUAUUCUCUUUUUCACCAAUUUAGCCAUAUCUUCAUGAAUCUCGACACCAACAUGCUAUGAGAAGGGCAAGAGGCUCUGGUGGUCGUUUUCUUAAUACCAAAAAGCUUGAUAGUAAUGCCACAAAUCACAUGUCCGAAGAGGAGCCAAAAUCUGGCGCAAAUGUUUCUGCUCAGCAGGGAGAGACGAGGCGUACUGUUGAAGACAUGAAUAAAGCACUUUCUUUGUCAAAUGUCAAUGACGGAGUGGUCACUCCAACAGUCUCCGCUGUUACAACUAAUCAUGCCCUAAUGCUCGAUACAUUGGCUUUCCCACAUCUUCUGAAUGUGUUUGAUGGGGGCAAGACUGGUGGAACUGAUCACUCCUACUCUACUUGGGUGGCCUUCCCUACUGUGCGGCUAUUCCUAGGCAAUUCAUUCUUGGCUUUGGUUACUUGUGUCUUGUUGGGGUUGAGGUGA